GUUGAAUAGUAUCAGAAGCUGCCUUAUAAUUUUACAAAUUAUUUCCAUUAGGGCUAAAUUUCUUGUUACCUACCCUACAACAAUUUUGUAAAGCAAUUUUGUGAUAAUUGUUUUCAACAGAACCAUAAGCAGACGGAUUGCAAGUAUUUGGAAGUCCUCUGUGUGCAUACUACAUGUAGCAUGCAGGUUAAAAAAAGUGAACUUGCUGAUCACUUUAGUAAGGAAUGCAGAGUCAGACUACAGCAAUGCCAAUUUUGUGAUGAAUCUGUUGCUUACUGCGAAAUGAAGGAACACCUCCGGUCGAAUCACAAAUAUCUCCACCGCCAGAUGGACAACCUGGGAAUUGAAGUAGAUGGCCUGCUUCAGUUAGUAUACCUCCUCCAAGAUGGGCAUCGCCAUCUCCAGAAUGAACAACGUAGAUUACACGAAGUGGUUCAACAACUGCAGGCGAACCUCUGCGUAUUGGAGCAAGGCAUUCAACAGCAAAGAGAAGAUGAUGUAAAGAAUGCCUUGUGUGUGGUGAAAGAUAUUCUUGAAGAUAUGGCCAGGUCGCGUGAUGAACAAGGUGCUGAAGCUAACCCCCCACGUAACUGUAAAAGAAUGAUCAAAGCCGUAGAGGAAGCUCUGGAGGUUAGAAAUGCAAACCCAGCUGAGUCAGACCUAUGUGCAAGACAGCAAGGGCUUUCAAGCGACGAUGGUCAGCUGUUGGCACGUAAAACAAGACGUGUGCACGCAACAUGCCAAGAGCCUAAUGCCCAGGAGAGAACGGCUUUGGGAAAUCCGUCAGGUGCUAGUCCUUUCUCUGAAACACCCAGUGAGUCCAGUGGUAGUGCUCAGAACCUUGCUUUGGUACAACGGGUUGUCAGUCUUAAAAAGAGAGAUGCGGACAUGAAAAUGGAACCUGAUACCACCCAGGAGAGCUUCAGGAGGCAUGACCAAAGAAUUGAAUCUAUUGAGCACACACAGGCACUCAGGAAGGUGACCCUGGCUGAUUUGGAGGGGUACCGAACCGCUGACCACGAAGUUCUUCUGGUAGAGAACAAUCGCAGAAUGGAAGAAGUUAGACGUGACGUGGGUAAUAUG